GAAUGUGCAUCCAUCUUUACAGGAGUUUGCAUUAUUUUUGUGGGAGAAACACAGACACACGGAUUUCUCUUGGAUGAUGUCAUGAAGUGCACAGCAUCCACACGCACCGGAAGGCAGAGCUUCAAGAAUCGAGUCGUUUUAUUUCCGGAAUAAGGCCACCCAAGACUUUAAUCAAGCAAACAACUGCUUCAGGGACCUCAAGCAAUGAAGAAGAUGGUAAUCUUUCUCGCUGUCUUUUUUCCAGCAGUCCACUUCCAUUCCCUCUCAGACCUUCAGGACCAGUGCCCCAGCGCCCCCUGUGAACCUCCACUUGGUGAUCUAAUGGUGGGGCGCCAAGCGCAGCUAAAAGCUUCGUCUACUUGUGGUCUAAAAGGACCUGAGCAGUACUGCACCACUGGACACCUGCAGGAGGCCCGAAAUUGUUUUUUGUGUGAUUCUCAGCUGCCGUACAGUUACCAUAGCAACCGAAACAGUCACUGGAUUGAAAACAUAAUCAUGAGUUCAGAUCCUGAUAAAAACAUGUCAUGGUGGCAGUCGCAAAACGGUAAGUUUAGGGUUGUGGAGAAGGUUGGAUCUUGUGAAAGGAGCUCACCUAAACCUGUGUCUCCUGCAGGAGUUCAUCAGGUCAGCAUCCAGUUGGACCUCGAGACAGUAUUCCAGUUUAGCCACCUGGUCCUCACCUUUAAGAGUUUUCGACCUGCUGCCAUGGUAGUGGAACGAUCAAAAGACUUUGGGCAGACCUGGAAAAUUUUUCGAUUUUUUGCAGACGACUGUGCACUUCAUUUUCCUUCAGUUCUGAGAGGACCAGCAUCCAGCAUUGCUGAUAUUAUCUGUGACAGCAGAUUCUCUGGGCCAGAACCAUCUACUGGAGGAGAGGUGGUCCUUCAAGCUCUGGAUCCAAUGUUUGAAAUAGCAGAUCCUCAUGCUGCUAUAAUUCAGGAUCUGAUCUCCAUGACAAAUAUUCGCUUGAACUUCACUCGCCUUCUCACACUCAAGGACACACUGCCAGCUCGCAGACAAAGAAGUCCUGUGGAUAAUUAUUACUAUGCUCUUUUCAACAUGGUGAUCCGUGGAAGCUGCUUCUGCAAUGGGCACGCCACCCAGUGCAUGCCCAUUUAUAGAGAGCAGGGGAACGUUGUUACCCAGUCUGGUAAGGUUCAUGGGCGAUGUGUCUGUCACCACAACACGGCUGGGCAUAACUGUGAGAGGUGUCAGGAGUUUCAUCACGACACUCCCUGGAGUCCCGGAGGAGAAACCUCUGCUAGAGUUUGCAGGAAAUGUAAUUGUCAUGGUCACUCAGAGGCAUGUCACUUUGAUGCUGCUCGUUACCAGCUAACAGGCGGUGUGAGUGGUGGAGUGUGUGACAACUGUCAGCAUUACCGUACAGGGGCUCAAUGCGAGCGUUGCCAAACCUACAUGUAUCAGGAUCCAGAAAAGACAAUGGAUGACCCACGCAGCUGCAUACCUUGUGACUGUGACCCAGAUGGUUCCCAUGGUGGCGGUCUUUGUGAUGCUUUGACUGGCCAGUGUUUCUGCAAAGAAAAUGUGGAGGGUUGGCGCUGUGAUCGCUGUAAACAAGGCUUUUUCGGUCUGAGAAGAGAAAAUCCAUCUGGUUGUUAUGAGUGUCAUUGUCAUACCUUGGGGAGUGUGGCAUCCUGUGACCCAUUGACAGGAAACUGUAAAUGUGAUUCUUUGGCUUAUGGACCCCACUGUGAUCGAUGUGUGACUGGUUUUUGGGGUUUGGGAAACUCCACCAUCAGGUGUUCACCAUGUGACUGUGACAUUGGGGGGGCACACAACACCAGGUGUUCUUCUGAGAACGGGCAGUGUCACUGCUUACCCAACAUGAUUGGUCGGACUUGCUCAGAGCCUGCCCAUGGACACUUCCUGCCUCCACUAAAUUACUUUUUAUAUGAGGCUGAACUUGCUGCACCACUUCCAGAAAUUAGGUUAUCCCCUUCUAUGCCUACUUCCUCCUCUGUGCAGAGUCCAAAGGUUCUACCUCCAUGUGAGCAGUACUUCAAAGAGAGGGGCUUUGACUUCAGUUUUUCCAGCGGACAGAUAGUCUUGGUUCAGAGGGCUCAUCAACUUAGAAGCCCUCACAAGAGGCAGCUUCAGAACAUUAUCCCCCUGGUGCCAGGCUAUGCCUCUCAAAUCAUUCCAGGUCAGAAGUCAUCUGAUCAGAAAGUAAAGUCGACAGGCCUUGGAUUGGUCAGAGUGUUGGAGGGAACUGGGCUCACGUUCACUGUUGACAACCUCCCUUCAUCAAUGAAGUAUCAUCUGGUAAUCCACUAUGAGCAAGAGACUCUCUCUGACUGGUUGGCUACAAUCAGCAUCCGGAUGUUGUUACCAGGGGACAAAGGUUGCAGCAAAGAUUCAAUUGAAAGAAUGCUUUUGAAUCUCCCGGACACCUCUAGGGCAGGUAUUUUGGACUCUCCGGUGUGUCUGAAUGCUGGAGCUCUCUAUCUUGUAGAGGUCCUUUUCUACUCCCAGCCCACAACUGAAGGCUUGCACAUCCUGGUUGACUCUAUGGGCCUUAUUCCCAGUGUCGAGUCGAUCCAAGACUGCUCUCAGAAAACCCUCCAGCCUUUUCACUGCACUGGUCUGGCCAUAAGUCCUGAUUCCCAGGAGUCACUGCCUGAAGUCUGCGAGAGACUGAUAAAAAGUCUGUCGGCACGGAUCCAUUACGGAGCCACUGCAUGCGAGUGUAACCUGACUGGCUCUCUGGGUCCAGCCUGCAGUAAGUUAGGGGGGUUUUGUGAGUGUAAGCCCAAUGUGAUUGGCCGCUGCUGUGAUACCUGUGCACCUCUGACAUUUGGAUUUGGAUCUGAGGGCUGUGAACGUAAGGACACCAUGGACACAAAUCCCUCUUACACUGACAGAGGAACUUUACAUCCUCCUUUUUUUAUUUUAGGAUGUGAGUGUGACCCUCGUGGCUCAAGUUCAAAAUGGUGUGAUCAAGUCGAAGGUCAGUGCAUGUGUUACUCUGGAGUGGUAGGCCGGCGCUGUGAUCAUUGCAAAGCAGGAUUCUGGGGAUUUCCAUACUGUCGGCCAUGUGAGUGUGGCGGGCGUUCUGAGACAUGCCAUGGAGAAACUGGAGCAUGUGUGAACUGCAGGGAACACACCACAGGAGGACACUGUGACAGGUGUGCGGAGGGUUACUACGGUAACCCCAUCUCUAGACAACCCUGUCAGCCCUGUUUGUGUCCAGGAACAUUGAGAAGUGGACAUUUCUUUGCCACUUCCUGUCAGCAAGAUUCACAAUCCCUUGGUGUGAGCUGUGACUGUUUGGUGGGGCAUACAGGUUCACGGUGUGAAAUAUGCCUCCCUGGUUUCUUUGGUGACCUGACUGCACCAGGCUUUUCCCACUGCAGACCAUGUCUCUGCAACAGCAACACCAGCCCAGAUGACCUUUACCCCUGUGACCGUAAAACUGGAGAAUGUCUGCACUGCCUUCAUAACACAAGCGGUCCCCAAUGUCAAGCAUGCAAACCUGGUUAUUAUGGCAAUGCCUUAACACAAGACUGUAAAGAGUGCUCCUGUUACCGCAAGGGAACCGUGGUGAGUCAGUGUCCUGCGCAUGGUCCCUGUUUCUGCAAUCCUAGGACAGGACAGUGUCCUUGCAGGAGGGGGACAGAAGGAGAUCUGUGUGACCGGUGUGAGGAUGGAUACUGGGACCUGGAUGGGUGGGGUGGGUGUCAACCCUGUAGCUGUCACCCUGAGCACUCUAUGUCAAACAAAUGUGACAAGGUGACUGGACAGUGUCAUUGUCAUCCAGAAUUUGGAGGACAACAGUGUAACAUGUGUGGAGAGAAUUAUUUUGGGAGUCCAGAGCUGCAAUGUUUCCCUUGUGACUGUCACCUGGAGGGAACAGAGCGGCCAUCAUGUGAUCCUGAAACUGGCGAGUGUAUUUGUGGGUCGGGCAUAUCUGGAAUCCUUUGUGAUGAGUGCUCCCCUGGGUAUGAUGCCACAUUUCCAGCCUGCAAGAUCUGCCACUCAUGUGCCUCCUUGUGGGCAGAAGAGAUCACUGAUGUUCAGAAAGCUGCUCGGAGGAUGAAGACCUUUAUCCCUCAGCCUAACGGCACCUUGCAGCAAACAAUCAGCAGCCAACAACAGCGCAUACUAGACGGAUACUUUACAGUGGGUAGCCUGGUAAAAAUCAUGCUGAUGUUCCUCCCUAGGCUGCAAAAGCUGGAUAAACUAUGUGUACAGAUAAGGAUGCUGAAGGACUCCAUUGACACAAACACUAUUCUGAUUGACCCAUCUGCUCUGCUGUUUAUCGAGAUCCACGGCACAAAGCAGCAGUCUAAGAAUCUGUUGAACAACCUAAAAGAUAAUCUCAUCAAAGGCAAAGAUGAAGAGAGAGAUGUCAAGAAAGAGCUGCUCCUGCAAAUCCUGAAGCAUCAUAAGUCCUUUAUGCUAAAUGAGGAGGGGCUGAGAAACUUCAGCACAACUCUGGAGAACUCCAUGGAUACAAGGCAUGAGGUUUUACGCAAACUGAGUAGGUGCAGCCGGAUUGGAGCCCUGGCAAAGUUGGAGCAGAAGGUCAAGGACCUUAGUGUGGUCACCUUCAAUCAUAAGGCUUCCAAAAGACCAUGUCUGAAAAACUGCUCUGUAGAUGGUGCUGCUCCAUGUGUCCUUCUUCUGGGAGGUCCAGACUGUGAUGGAGGAGUUUCUAUCAGUCAUAUUGCUUUAAGUACUUUGGAGAAAGCAAAGGACCAGCUCAUUGGAUUUCAAGCCAAACUGCAAAGGGCAGAGAAAAAGAUCUACAAUGCUCUAAAACUGGCUCAAACAAUCAAAGACCAUGCAAAAACCCUGCAGACUCAACUCAUCAGCAAUGCUGUAACACUGCAAAGAAAGAAGACUCACACCAGGGAUCUCUUUCAGCGAGCCAAGCUCUUGAUUACAGACAACACUGUUUCUCCAGAUGACAUCAAAGAAAUGGCGACAGAUGUCUUGAGCAUCCAUCUUUCCCUGUCACCUGAUGAGAUCUGGUCAGUGAUUAACGUCAGCAAUAAUCUGACAAGCAAGUCUGGCAAAGUUCAGUACAACUUGACUGACCUGAAAAAUCAAGCUGCAGUUGGACAAGGGCUGCUACAUAAAGUGCAAUACAGCAGGCAGCAGACUGCGGGCAUGGACAUUAAAAACAUCAACAUAGAUAUUUUCAAGGUGCACAGAAGCAAUUCCAGGACCAGUGAAAACCUGACCAAAGCCACUGGAGACCAAAACAACGCCGACAGCCAUAUGAAGGAUGUUGAAAGCAAACUGGACAGCAUUAAGUCAAAACUGGAGAAGGCACCUGAUCUGUCUACUGAAAUAAAAAAUGUGAAGGACAAAACUGAGCAGACCAACUUUUUAGUCACAGAGGCAACAGAUGCUGCAGAAGAUGGAUUUAAUGAUAUUGUUGAUGCACAGGGGACAUUUCGUCUUGUGAUGAAGCUCUUUUGGGCUUUCAAAAAAGAGACCUCAGCUCUGAAAUUAGCUGCAAACACUCCACAUCAACUGACUAAAAUUGCAAAAGGAGCAAAGGACUUUGAGAAAGAAGUUGAGGACAAGUUCAAACAGACGCAAGAUGUGGAGCAGAGAAUCAAGUGGCUGCUGAACAGGAAGAAACAGAAAGAACUUCAACUGUUCCAGUUGUUGAAGAUAGUAUAUUCUCUUCGACAAGACAUUUUGUCGCGGGUGGUUUCCUACAGCACCUGCUCGUCAUAAGCUACAGGGCCAGGCUGGAGUUCUGAGACCUUACAAUUCUAGUACAGCAUGUAUAGUACUAGCUAAUAUACGUAUUACUAUAAAAUAUUGUUAACUUUUAAAUGUGAGAUCAGCUGUCUAGAAAAAUAAACUUUCAUAUUUUCCAGGCUUUCGAAUUAAGUGUUCUUUUACAGCUCAAUUAGCCUAGUGGUGAACACAUCUAACUUUCAUGCCAUGAACAUGGGUUCAACUCCGGUUAACAAGUUAAAAGCGUUACUAUGGUGUAUUUUUGAACUUAAUGACACAAUUACCAAUCUAUUUAUAUAAACGUGUCAGAUGUUUAUGCAGCUCUAUUGGACUAGUAGUGAACACAUCUCUUUCAUGUCAGAAACGGGUUCAUCUUCAGUUCAAAACUAGAAAAGUCGCAUUACCUGCGAUAAUUCUAUGUGAAUGCUUUUUUCUUAAUGCAGUUGCUAUAAAUUGCAUAUAUUUGCAUAACUCAUAUAAAGUGCAUAAAGUACUAAAAUUGCAUUAAUUUGCAUAAAUUGCUAACAUUUGCAUUAGUUGCCUAAAACCCAUAAAAAGUAUGAAAACAAAAAAAUUAUGCAUCAAUGUCCUGAACGUUCUGAACAGUUUGAUACCAAUAUUGCCCAACUGUAAACACUGCACAAAGUUUUUAAAGGAUUUGAAUAAUGUUCACAAUAUGUCAAUGAGGCAAGUACAUUUGCAUAAAUUGUGUAAAAUACAAAAAAAUGUAAAAUGAUAUUAAGUUUCAAAAGAGCACACAUAUAAACUUGUUUUACACAUCAAACAUCAACAAUAGUCAAAGAAAAACCAAAGCCGGAGAGAUAGUUGUAUCAUGCAUUUAAUAGACUCUUUUCGAGUGUUUCAAUUAGCAAAAAUCAGAUAUAAACACAAAUAAA